AUGAGUUCGUCGCCCUCCCAGCAGCCCACGGGCGAAUAUCGCCAGUAUCUGCCGGACCUGAGCCUGCCUCGGUUCCAGACAAUGCGCAAGCAAGAUGCGCACGAGUAUGCCGAUGAUUUCAAAACGCGACGGAAUCCGCCCUGGCUGCAUGCGCUGUACAUGCACUGGUUGGAUCUCUUGCAGGAGCCUUUUAAGGGCGUAACGACGGACGGAACCGUACGCCCCGACCUCUACACCCUCCAGGACGAAGGCCUCCCCAUCGACGCCAUCGUCGACUCCGUCCACGCCCUCUUCUCCACCCUCACGCAACCCCAGCGCCAAUCCCUCUCCUACCACAUCGACUCGCCCGAAUGGCGCACCUGGUCCAACCCAGAGUUCCUCCUCAGCGCCAAAGGCCUGCGCCUCGACGAAGUGACCCCGGCCACGCGCGACGCCAUCAUGACCGUCCUGCGCACCACGCUCUCCCCGGAGGGCUACGACAAGGCCGUCAAGGCGAUGCGCAUCAACCACUUCCUCGGCGAGCUGGUGGCCUCGCCGCGCGUCAUGAACGAAUUCUCCUACAACUUCGUCCUCUUCGGAAACCCCUCCCCCACCCGCCCCUGGGGCUUCUCCUUCUACGGCCACCACCUCUGCCUCAACAUCUUCCUCUACAAGGGCCAGAUCGUCGCCUCCCCGUGGUUCACGGGCGCCGAGCCCAACGAGAUCGACGAGGGUCCGCACGCAGGGACCCGCAUCCUCCAAGUCGAAGAGAAGCUGGGCCUCCAGCUCAUGCAGUCCCUGUCCCCUGACCUGCAAGCCCAGGCGCGCGUGUAUGCGCACAUGCAUGACCCCGCGAUGCCCCCGGGGCGGUGGAACCGCGAUGACCAGCGGCAUGUGUGCGGUGCGUAUCGCGACAACCGUGAGGUGCCGUACGAGGGUAUUGUGGCGAGUGUGCUCAGCGAGACGCAGAAGGGUCUUCUCCACGGCAUCCUGGAGCAGUAUCUGCUGUAUCUUCCUGAGCCGUCGCGACGGCUGAAACUCGAGCAGAUAAGGCGGUUCGAGGCGGAGACGUAUUUCUGCUGGAUCGGUGGGUUUGGGGAUGAGGAUCCGUUUUAUUAUCGCAUUCAGAGCCCCGUGGUGUUGGUCGAGUUUGAUCAUCAUUCCGGCGUGUUUUUGAAUAAUGAGGAGCCCAAGAAGUUUCAUAUUCAUACGUUGUUGAGGACGCCGAAUGGGGGUGACUAUGGGCAUGCGUUGAGGCCUUUGAUUCCUGCGGUUGAAGGGCUGGUGGGGAAGGAGAUUACGUGGGAGAAGUCGACGUUGUGA